ACUGAACCAACAUCAAACUGUACCACGUCCUCCUGACUGUGAGGGAAGAGUAGGUGAUUUCCAAGCCGGACCUGAACACACCACAGCUGUUUAGCUUGUACAGACGAAGAAGCCAUCCUCAUGCUGCUGGCGGCUCGCAGCAACGACCAGCGGCAGCAAGUGAAGGCCGCGUACAAGAGGGCGUACGGGAAGGACCUGGUGAGCGCCCUGAAGUCGGAGCUGGGCGGCCUGUUCGAGGAUCUGGUCGUCGCCCUGAUGACUCCGCCGGCGCUGUUCGACGCCAUGCAGCUGCAGAAGGCCAUCAAGGGAGCCGGCACCGACGACGAUGUGCUCAUCGAGAUCCUGGCAUCCAGAACCGGAGACCAGAUCAAAGACAUCUCCAAAGUCUACAAGAAAGAACUGGGUGGGAAGCUGGAGAAGGACGUCUGUGGAGACACGUCGGGACACUACCAGAAGCUGCUGGUGAUCCUGCUGCAGGGGGCCCGAGAGACGGAGGUGCAGGAGGACAGGAUCGAGGAAGACGCCAAGGAGCUGUACGCUGCCGGAGAGGGAAAGUUUGGCACAGAUGAGGAGAAGUUCAUCUCCAUCCUGGGGAACCGAAGCGUGGAACACCUGAGGAGAGUCUUUGACGCCUACAGGAAGAUCAGCGGCUGUGAGAUCGAGGAGAGCAUCGAGGGGGAGACGACUGGGAACCUGGAGAACCUCCUGCUGGCCGUCGUCAAGUGUGUCCGCAGCGUUCCCGCCUUCUUCGCUGAGUCGCUCUACAGAUCCAUGAGGCGAGCUGGGACAGACGAUGACACUCUGAUCCGGAUCAUGGUGUCCAGGAGCGAUGUGGACAUGCUGGACAUCCGCGCCUGCUUCAAGAGGACGUACGGAGCCUCGCUCUACACCACCAUCCAGGAGGACACCACUGGAGACUACCAGAAGGCCCUGCUCUACCUCUGCGGCGGAAAUGAUUAAUGAGGCGUCACGUCAGCGCUGAGCGAUGAGCGAGCUGAGCGCCGGCAGACUAAGCCACUAUCGAUCUUCUGACCUCAGAUUGUUAUUGAUCCCAUGAACGUGAAUCACCUGCCUGUCAUCUCUGACCUGACCAGCCACGUCUGACAAGCUGUUUUCUGUAGUCACAUGACGGCUCUCAUCUGACC